GUGUGAUUGUGUACUUAACUAGGAAUGAAUAAAGGUUAUGUCAGAACAAAAUGAUCGUCGUUUUCAGUGAUAAACAGACCUCCAAAGUGGUAUCGUGAUAUCAGUGAGAUAUAAAUACGUCCUUUUUCUAUAACAGACCGAUUUUAAAAUUGUUUCGUGCAUUUUUAAAGUGAAAAUAAUCAAAAAAAUAGGAUUUUUGCUAUUAAAAACACCACUGCACGGUCAUGGAGAACAACCCUAAGAUCGAGCUACGUUUACUGUGAAUUAGCCUUAACUAAAAGUUUCUAAAAAGUUUUAUCAAAAAUACCGAAAGAUAUGGCUUUAACUACAGUUAUUCUAACAAAAUACUGCGUUUUGGUGGUACUGGUUGCUAUAUCGCAAGCCCAAAAUUUGGAAGCUGAAAAAUUAGAGGCAGAGCUACAAUUGGAUGACCUGGAGUUAGCUGAUGCCUGUGAAAACCUAGCCAGCGCUAAUAAAAUCGCUUAUUUGGACAAAAAUUAUCAGGAAAAGAUUGAUGCAGAGAAGUCUUAUGGAUUCAUGCUAAAAACUCAUGCAGAUAUACUGAAAGACUUUAGUGACAUACCUUCCGAAUUGGAUAAAAAUUGGACAAGCCAAGUUAAACCUGGCGAUGGGUUGCUUCCAGAAGAAAAAUGGACCAAGCUAGUCACUUAUGUCAACCAAAUAGAAGAACUGUCCAACCAGGUAAAGUUGCCAUGUCUCGACGGGUUGCCGGAUUGUUUCAUCUCGAAAAACGAUUAUCAGAACAUCUUGGCAACAUCGCGAAACUCCACCCAACUCAGACAAGUGUGGAGCUCGUGGCAAGGCACUUACAAUGAAUCGUCCGUCGAGAAUUUUCCUGGACAUUUAGGAUUAUUGAAAGAUGCGGCAACACUGAAUGGAAUUGAGGAAGUGAGAGAAUAUUGGGAGUUUUUGAGUGAUUUCCAAGGGGGUUAUGCCCAAGCUGAUGAGUUUUGGGAGCAAAUUCAGCCUCUGUAUAAGAAAUUACAGGGUUUUGUCAAGAAGAGACUAUUUAGGUUUUAUAAUGUUACAGAGGAUAUGGAUGAAAUUCCUGUUUAUUUACUGGGAGGAAAUAAUGAUUGGUUGAGUAUAGCAGACAUCGUUUUGCCUCAUAGACAGCUGCAUUAUGAUUUUGAGACUGAUUUAAAAUACAAGACUGUACCUGAUAUUUAUAAGGACUCGGAAAAACUAGCUAAAAAUUUAUUUAUGGCAUCUUUGGAACAGAAAUUUUGGUUAAAUAGUCAUUUUAACGCGUCAUCGUGCGGUCCUCAACUCUUUGAAUACUGCAACAGCGGAUAUACAGAACUAUUUGAGUGUGAUCUCCCAUCCUGGACGACAUUUCUAGACUCUCAAGAAGCUACAGUGAAAAUAGCUUUAAAUAAUAUUGAUUAUGUCUCUUUACAGAGACAAAAACUAAGAUAUUCUGCCAUAGAUGACAGUUUAGGAAUCUUAGCUUCCCUGAUAACAGUGGAAAAUAUAAGUCACGAAGAAAUUUCUACUGAACAUGAACCAAGAAUGACAAAACUGUUGCUUGUGGCUUUGAGGUUCCUUCCCAGGCUGUCAUACUACUACAUGGCGGACAAAUGGAGAUUGGAACUUAUAGAAAGUGAAAAUAAAGUUGUCACAGAAAGUUGGUGGCAGUUCAGAAAAGAAUACCAAAGCUUGACAGGUCUAACAAACAAGGAACCAGACUUUCUGGAAGACCACAGAGUACUAUAUAACCAGCCUUAUAUUAGCAAAUUCUUUGGAAUACUAGUGGCCUUCCAGAUUUUUCAGUACUACAAAAAUAAUGCCGAAAAUCAGACGAAUUUUGUCAAAGAUAUUGGCCAUGAUGAUUCAUUUAGGUCAAUGAUUCUAGAAAGACACACUUCAGAUCCAGCAUACCUCCUUACACUGUACUAUGGCCUAGAAAUCACACCUACCGACAUAUUAGAUUAUUUUGCACCCCUGAUAACCUACCUAGACUCCGCCCCUGAUCACCAAGUACCUCUGGUCACCACUACAACAACCACAACUACCACUACAACCACUACAACGACCACCACACAGAAACCUCCCGUUACUACACGAGAAACAGCGAAAAACCACGAAGCAGACAACGAAAUAGCCAAUGACGAGCCUAAUCUUAACCCUUUCGCUAACAGUGGGAGUGACGAUAUGAUGAACAAGGACAGGCAUUGGCCGAUGUAUCUAGGGGUGGGGCUACUUUCAAUGGUGGGCGUGCUAGUAGGCGUGGCUUUGAUAUAUAAAAACGUCAGGAGAAGAAGGAGGAGUAAUAAUAGGAGAUUUGAUACGUAGAAAAGUGUUUUUAUAUUUUUUUUUGGUUUGGUUGAUAUUUUUUUGAAAAGCAUCACUAAUUUUUAAGACUUUUAAGUAAAAAAUGCGAAAAUAAGGUGUAAAUUUUGAUCUGAGACCUAUUAAUAGAAUUAUGAUAUAUAUUAUGAUAGUAGGUGAAUAAUUUUUAUUUAUUUAAAAAUUAGGUUUAUAACAUAAUGAUUGAUUUAUUUAUUGAUAUUGUUGUUGUUAGGGUUUAUUAUUAAUAUUGAUUAGUUUCUUUAAUUAUUUUGAAGUUCCUUUAGCUAAAGAUAAAUAGAGAAUGAUUGUACAUAUAGUUAGCUUAAAAAAAUGUAUAGUAUUUUUAUUAAGACUCUGUACUGUUUUGAUUUUAGGAAAAUAUACGAGUUUAUGUAAAUAAAAA